AUGAAUCCUUCAUAGGAAGAAAUUAAUUAACGGGAAACAGAAAAAGAAUUUACAAAUGAAGUUAUCAGAAUUGGCAUUUUUAAUUGCGCUUUCUAAUUUUACAUGAUAAUCUUUAGUUGCAAAUUAAUCUGGUUAUUUGAUACUAAAUAUGUAAUUAUAUUUGCUUGGUUCAUGGAUUUGGCCUCUUUUAUUAUCAUUAUGCUCGAUAAGAAUAUAACCAAAGUUUUGUCUGUGGUUAAUUUUGUAGAGAAAGUAUUGAGCAUAUCUUUUAAAAUUACGAUAGUGAUCCACUUUGAAGUUAAAGAAAUGAGACUCUACUACAUACCAGCAGCUCAUUUAUUAAUUGCCACUGGAUUAUUUCUUUUUUCUGUUCUCAACCAUGAUGCAUCCAAAAGGAAGCAUAUAAUUAUUGCACAUUCUUACUCUGUUCUGUAUGCUAUAUAACUACUACUGUUAUCCUUAAAGUGGAACAACCUAUUUGAAUACUCUUACUAUUAAACAUUCAUAAUAGCAUGGACGGCCCUUGGAAUCAACACAUUCCUAAUAGUAUUGUUAUUGAUAACUAUGGUUGAGAAUUGCUUCCUCAAAAACAUUCCUUAAAUAAAUGGAACAAUCAUAUUUUGGUUUAUAUUUUACAUCUUGGGAUUAACAAUACCUCCUUUCUUUCAAUUAAAAACUAUUUGUGAAUUUUAUGAAGAAGACUCUUCAUAAAUCUUUGUUCUAAUAUAUCUCUUUUUAUUUAUUUUCUUUACUUUAAGAAUUAAGAAAUAAUUGAUUGGUGUAUUGCAAUUAGAUCAUAGGUAAAAUACGAUACCAAAAACAUCACCAAAAGGUUCCUCUUCAAAAAAAUGGAGAAAAUUAAAAAUUCCAAUAAUGUUCAUUAGAAUUUCAGCAUCAUAUUAUAAAAUGAUUACUAGAUAAUCAACUGUGGACACUAGUACUCGUAAUACUAGUUCUAUUCCUAUCUGCAGUGAUGUAUUACGACCAGAUUCAAUUAACUUCAGGCAAUCGCCAUAUUAAGCAAUAGUGAAAUAGAUGAAAAAGAAACCAAAGAAUCAAGAUUCAGGAGAUUGUUGUUUGAUUUGUUUUGAAAAUGAACCCGAUGUUGUAUUACAUCCAUGUAAUCAUGGAGGUAUUUGUAAUAAUUGUUCUGAAAAUCUUAUAAAAACAACCAAAUAAUGUUUUCUUUGUAGAUCAGAUAUUAAAUAUGCUUUAAAAAUUAAUUAAAAAGACGGAGAAAUGUUAGAAGCUACUGAUGUAUAAAAAGUUUGA